UGUGGGUGACGUGCGGCCGCCAUCUUCCCGUCCCCGGCAGCCAGCGCCAGUCGGAGCUAGCGCGAGCUGCCGCCGCUGCCGGUGCUGCCGACAUCUCUGUUGCUGCGAAGUCCUGCGCCCGUUGCCCCCGCCAUGUCGGCUACCGCUGCCACCGCCCCCCCUACCGCCCCGGCUGGGGAGGGAGGUCCCCCUGGGCCCCCUCCAAACCUCACCAGUAACAGAAGACUGCAGCAGACACAGGCCCAGGUGGAUGAGGUGGUGGACAUCAUGAGGGUGAAUGUGGACAAGGUUCUGGAGCGGGACCAGAAGCUGUCGGAGCUGGAUGACCGUGCGGAUGCACUCCAGGCAGGAGCCUCCCAGUUUGAAACAAGUGCAGCCAAGCUCAAGCGCAAAUACUGGUGGAAAAACCUCAAGAUGAUGAUCAUCUUGGGAGUGAUUUGCGCCAUCAUCCUCAUCAUCAUCAUUGUUUACUUCAGCUCUUAAACCCCUGAGGAGCCUGCCCAGAGAAGGGCCUCUCAUCCCCACCCAUCCCCAGCCGUUCCCCCACCUCUCAGCCAUAUCUUCCAGCCCCCCCACCCGUGUGUGUGUCCGUGUGUGUGCCCCCCUGUAAAUAGCCAGCUGUUAUUUAUACAUAUAUAAUAUUAUAUAUAUUUGGUCUGUUUGUAGUUUUAUUACUAGAAGAUUUUUCUGGUUGUCCUUUAACACCCCUUCCUGAGGUUCCCAUCACCUUUCUCUUUCCUUCUUUCCUUUUCCCUGUUUUCCUGACCAGCCCCAAGUCCCUUCAUUUGCAUCUGCUAUGCAAUAGUCCCUCUUCCUCUCCUUUCCUUGGAUUUAGCUGAUCCUUCCUCCCACCCUGGCCUGUUACCCAUACCUCCACCCUUCCGAAAAACAAAAACAAAAGUAAUUGUCCAGGCCUCCCUAGGUGCAUCUUCUUUGCAUUAUUUGGGAGGCUCUGAGACUGGCCCCACUUGGUCCUAAGAAUCCCAAGGUCUGGGAGCUUCUAGCAUGUUAAUUAACAUUCAUUUGCAUACUGACAUCCCUUUUGGUUUCCUUCUUUUUUGUUCAUCACUCUACUGUUCAUUUUUUCAACCCGUGGUUGGUUGGUUGUUUUUUUUUCCACUGAGGAAUUAGUCCUCAUUGGUCACUGUAUCACAGUUUUAUUUGCAUGACAUUACUUGUAGGUGGUGGGGAGCCUGGGCUUUUGGGGAGCCAGGCUGUUCUGGCCCCCAGAAUCAUCUCCUAACCCCUGUAGUCCAGUUUGCCUCCCCUAACCCCAUUUU